GGCGGCGAGGGCGUCGCUCUGCAGCGCAACAUCACGCUGCUCAACGGCGUGGCCAUCAUCGUGGGCACCAUCAUCGGCUCGGGCAUCUUCGUGACGCCCACCGGCGUGCUCAAGGAGGCGGGCUCGCCGGGGCUGGCGCUGGUCGUGUGGGCCGUGUGCGGCGUGUUCUCCAUCGUGGGCGCGCUCUGCUACGCCGAGCUGGGCACCACCAUCUCCAAGUCCGGCGGCGACUACGCCUACAUGCUGGAGGUCUACGGCUCGCUGCCCGCCUUCCUCAAGCUCUGGAUCGAGCUGCUCAUCAUCCGGCCCUCCUCGCAGUACAUCGUGGCCCAGGUCUUCGCCACCUACCUCCUCAAGCCCAUCUUCCCCACCUGCCCGGGGGCUGGUGUGCCCUCCUCAGCCGCCCCCAUGCCCCGCUGUCUCCUCACAGUCCUGCUCACGGCCGUGAACUGCUACAGCGUGAAGGCCGCCACCCGCGUGCAGGACGCCUUCGCGGCCGCCAAGCUGCUGGCACUGGCCCUCAUCAUCCUGCUGGGCUUCAUCCAGCUCGGGAAGGGUGACGUCCUCAAUCUGGACCCCAGACGCUCCUUUGCAGGCACUAAGCUGGACGUGGGCAACAUCGUGCUGGCCUUGUACAGCGGCCUCUUCGCCUACGGGGGAUGGAAUUACUUGAAUUUUGUCACUGAGGAGAUGAUCAACCCCUACAGCCUCCGACCAGAAUGUGACCCUGAGGGCGGCGCAGGCCAGCGCUGGGCGCGGAGGGGGCUGGCAGGGCGCUCACGCCCGUCUCCACAGGACUUUGGCAACUACCACCUGGGGGUCAUGUCCUGGAUCAUCCCCAUGUUCGUGGGCCUUUCCUGCUUCGGCUCCGUCAACGGGUCCCUGUUCACGUCCUCCAGGCUGUUCUUCGUGGGCUCCAGAGAGGGCCACCUGCCGUCCAUCCUGUCCAUGAUCCACCCACAGCUCCUCACCCCUAUGCCCUCCCUCGUGUUCACGUGUGCCAUGACCUUGCUCUACGCCUUCUCCCAAGACAUCUUCUCGGUGAUCAACUUCUUCAGCUUCUUCAACUGGCUGUGCGUGGCCCUGGCCAUUGCGGGCAUGCUGUGGCUCCGCUACCGGAAGCCUGAGCUAGAGCGGCCCAUCAAGGUGAACCUGGGGCUGCCGGUGUUCUUCAUCCUGGCCUGCCUCUUCCUGAUCGCCGUCUCUUUCUGGAAGACCCCCGUGGAGUGCGGCAUCGGCUUCGCCAUCACCCUCAGCGGAGUGCCCGUGUACUUCCUCGGGGUCUGGUGGAAAAACAAGCCCAAGUGGCUCCUCCAGGGCAUCUAUUCCACCACGGUCUGGUGCCAGAAGCUCAUGCAGGUGGUCCCGCAGGAGACGUAGCCGCGCCGGCCCCCGGGAGAGGACAGCCGCCCCCGGCCAGCCUGGGCUGGGAACGCCACGCGGCCAGCGGGCCUCGGCCAGGAGCGAGGCGGGUGCCGCUGGCCCUGCUCACCGCCAUCCGCUUGUGUUACUUUUUUAACUUAAAUUAUGGACGCCGCCAAGAAGAUUAUUUUUUAAAGAGAUGAUCUCCCUGCCUUCCCUGCUGCCCAGCCCACGGGGCCCCGGGAGGCCCCGGCCACACUCCAGCACCCUCCGGGCCUGCCCGGGCCUCCGGCCUCCUGGUUUCU